UUUUAAUGUUUUUUUUUCUGUUUCCUAGCAAAUGUGUUAAAAAACGUCGUACGAUAUACGUGCGUAUUGGUUAUAACGCACUGAUAUCGUAAUGUACUAUUAUAUAACUAUAUGUUAUUGACGAUCAUAACAUUUGAUAUAACUCAUUUGUUCCAGGUGAAAACCAUGCAGUUAUAUGACUCAUCGAACGACAGUUACAACGACGUGCUGCAAGAGAGCCGCCGAGGCGAGCCUCGCGGGGAACAUCACAAGUAUCGUCACAAUAAAAUGGUUCACUCGCAAAUAUCCCGCCUGUCGCGCGCCCAAGAUCAGCUAGACGAGUUCCAACAGAAUCUGCAGACCCAAAUACUCGAUGUACAACGGCGUAUGGAUCGCUAUGAAGAGCCGAAUUGGAACCUCAUCUCGGCUAAAGUAGACUUUUUGGAAUUGGAAAACAAAGUUAUCAGAAUCGAAUUGAAAAACACCACACAAAAAGUCUCCGAUUUUGAUAAGAUUCAUGCAUCAAUGUUGGAGCUAAGGGAAGAUGUGGAGAGUAUCGAAAAUAAAGCCGACAAGACCAUUCCUGAGUUUCGAAAAGAGAUUUCAAAGUUGGAUGUGAAUUUUGCUCAAUUGAAUGCUCAAUCCUCAUACCUGAGAGAAGACCAGGAAAACCUCCGUCAGUCUGUGAAGGCGAUCGCCGUCAGUGUCAGCAACAGUAUCGACCGUGCCGAAAUGGACCGACUCGAAAUGAAAAAGAUCAAUGAUUCUAUGGCUGAGUUGGAAGCCCGCUCCAAGCAACAUUUUUAUAGGCUCAAUGAUCAUAUUCUAAAGAGCGAGGCAGUCAACGACGAUUUCAACCAAACUGAGAUAAUCCCGUUGCCGGAACUGAUGGGUGAGGUUAAGGAGUUACAACCGGUGCAGCGAGAAUACGAGGACCUAGUUCGUCAACUGCCACGUGACUGUUCUGCCGUCGCUGGCCCCCCGGGAACCUACCUCAUCCACCCUGGACACACCCCUCUCGAUACCUGGUGCGUCAACGGUAGCACUCUCCUCCAGCGUCGCUACAACGGCUCCGUUGAAUUCAACAGGAAGUUCUCCGAAUACGUCCAUGGCUUCGGUGAUGCCGCCUCCGAAUACUGGCUAGGCCUCGAAUCAAUGCACCAACUGACAUCUGACAACUGCUCGUCCAUGCGAAUCGACAUGACCGAUAUCUACGGCGGCAACUGGUAUGCUCAAUACGACCGUUUCUCCGUCGGUAGCGCCGACACCGGCUAUGUUCUGGACGUGAGCGGGUUCAAAGGUAACGCCAGUGACGCAUUUGAAUACCAAAACCACAUGGAGUUCUCCGCCAUUGACCGGGACCGCGAUAUUUCUAACACUCACUGUGCCGCCAACUACGAAGGAGGAUGGUGGUUCUCUCACUGCCAACACGUGAACAUCAACGGAAAGUACACGUUGGGUCUCACCUGGUUCGACUCUGCCAGGAACGAAUGGAUUGCAGUCGCCACCAGCGAAAUGCGCAUGUAUCGCCGUCCCGGCUGCCCUUAAACUUUCUGCCUAUAAUAUUUAAUCGAGCUUAACGAUUGUAGCCCUUGUUGUGGAAAUAUUAUGUCUGAAUCAUACCAAAGAUAAAUAAGUAGGUUUCAUCCUUUUUCUGAUAUACGUAAUAUUAGAAAUAUGCAUGGUAGGAAGUUCCGUUUCUGUUGUUUAAUCUUACAAUAAUAAAUUACAUACCUAUUAGAGUUUCAUCAACACAAAAAUGAACAAAAUACAAAAAAAAAAACUUACGUAAUAUAAUAUCGGUGUCCAUUUAAUCAAUAGAUCGAUCGAUACAUAUAAUUGUUAAAAUUUAAGGUUUGUAAAAUAUUCCUUGGAGCACCACCUAUUUAUUUCUAUAAAAUGAUUUAAUUUUUUUAACGACCUGGUUGCUGAGUCUGAAAUUUUUAUUGCUCAUUAGAUAAACUUUCUAAAAUUAACAAGGUUAUAUUUUGUCCCAAGUAUGUUACUAAAAUGCUUAAUGCUUACUCAUUUUCAUUACAUAAGUAUGUCUUUGUCAUUCCAUUUCGAAAAUAACCCUUUAUAUUCAACAUCUUUUUAUGUUUAAAUAUUUGUAAGUUUAUAAUAAUUAAAUUAAGAAAAUAAAUGUUUUAUUAUAGAUAAGUAGGUAGAUGUAGGUAAUUGUGAUGCAUAUAAUGCUAAAAUGUAUUUAAAUGUUUGUUCUUAGAAUAGUUCUCUAUGAAGUAGAACCUCAUAAUUACAUUCCUUCGAUAUAUAAUGGUUAAAAAAUAUAUUAAUGAUGUAUUUAUCUAUUUCUAUAAAAUUGGAAUCUUGCUUGAAUGAUUUUAUGUACUCAUAUUAAAAAAGAAUUUAAUCAAUAUACCGUUACAUAACAAUAGUGGUUCCUAAAUUAUUUAUUUUUCUCUUCUUAUAAGCUCUUCUUAUAGAAUACAAAACUAGCAAAAAAUACAGUCUUUAUUGGAUAGUAGUACAUUCAAGAAAGCUAUAAACCUUAAUGUUAUAGUGCAAAAUUUUCCAUAAUAUAAGAAAAAUCUCAGUGUUUCUGUAAAUAUUCUUAAUUUUAAUUUACUAAUUGUUAUUAAUUAGUCAACCAUUAGUUGAAAAAAUAUUAAUAAGUUCUAGUUAAGUGUAAUAUUAUACUGGAGUACAUAAUUUAAUCAAAAUUUUUAUUAAAUAUCGAACUCAGUAUAUGAUGGAAAAUAUUGAAAUUUGUAAUAAAAAAAAGCUUUUUUUAAAAUUUCACAUUAGUGAUAUUAUUUAGAACUGAAUGUGUGUUAUGUAACCUAGCUAUAAAUCAAUAUA